ACUGCGGCUGCGCCGACAGCCUGCCGCCCUUACUUAAGAUGGCCAAAGCCGCCUCAGCCACCCCGUGUUCUUCAUCAUGGAGGCCCUCGGGCCCGCCUCCCGGGGCGCCGCAGUCACGUGGCCCGCACAAAGGCUGACAGGUCACUUAAGGCUUCCCGGCAACGCCAGGCUAAAGUCAUGACCGCCGCCGCCGCCGCGGGCUCGGCCGGCCGUGUCGCCGUGCCCUUGCUGUUGUGCGCCCUGCUAGCGCCCGGCGGCGCCUACGUGCUCGACGACUCCGACGGGCUGGGCCGGGAGUUCGACGGCAUCGGCGCAGUCAGCGGCGGCGGGGCAACCUCUCGGCUUCUAGUAAAUUACCCAGAGCCCUUUCGUUCCGAAAUACUGGAUUAUCUCUUUAAGCCAAACUUUGGUGCCUCUUUGCAUAGUUUAAAAGUGGAAAUAGGUGGUGAUGGGCAAACAACAGAUGGCACCGAACCUUCCCACAUGCACUAUGAACUAGAUGAGAAUUAUUUUCGAGGCUAUGAGUGGUGGUUAAUGAAGGAAGCCAAGAAGAGGAACCCGAACAUUAUACUCAUGGGGUUGCCGUGGUCGUUCCCCGGAUGGCUGGGCAAAGGUUUCAGUUGGCCUUACGUAAAUCUUCAGCUGACUGCCUACUAUAUUGUAAGAUGGAUUUUGGGUGCCAAGCGUUAUCAUGACCUGGACAUUGAUUAUAUUGGGAUUUGGAAUGAAAGACCAUUUGAUGCCAGCUAUAUAAAGGAAUUAAGAAAAAUGCUGGAUUAUCAAGGUCUCCAGCAAGUGAAAAUCAUAGCAAGUGAUAAUCUCUGGGAGCCGAUUUCUUCUUCCAUGCUGCUGGACCAUGACCUCUGGAAGGCGGUUGAUGUCAUAGGAGCACAUUAUCCUGGAACGCAUACAGUGUGGAAUGCAAAGAUGACAGGAAAGAAGCUUUGGUCGUCUGAAGAUUUUAGCACCGUCAACGAUGAUGAUGGUGCAGGCUGCUGGGGUCGCAUAUUGAAUCAGAAUUAUGUCAAUGGCAAUAUGACCUCCACAAUUGCUUGGAAUUUGGUGGCUAGUUACUAUCAAGAAUUGCCUUAUGGGCGAAGUGGACUGAUGACAGCCCAGGAGCCAUGGAGUGGGCAUUAUGUAGUAGACUCUCCUAUCUGGAUAUCAGCUCAUACAACUCAGUUUACUCAACCUGGUUGGUAUUACCUGAAGACAGUUGGCCAUCUAGAGAAAGGAGGAAGCUAUGUAGCUCUGACUGAUGGCUUAGGGAACCUCACCAUCAUCGUUGAAACCAUGAGUCAUAAACAUUCUAUGUGUAUACGGCCAUAUCUACCGUAUUAUAAUGUCUCACACCAGGUGGCUACCUUCACUCUAAAGGGGUCUUUGAGAGAAAUACAAGAGCUCCAGGUGUGGUACACCAAGCUUGGAGGACCAUCGGACAGAAUUCACUUUAAACAACUGGAUUCUCUAUGGCUCCUCGACAGCAGUGGCAGCUUUGCCAUGGAUCUGCAGGAGAACGAACUGAUCACACUCACCACUCUGACCACAGGUCGCAAAGGUGGCUACCCUCCUCCUCCCAAGUCCCAGCCCUUCCCGAGAAGCUACAAGGAUGAUUUCAAUGUUGAUUACCCAUUUUUUAGUGAAGCUCCAAAUUUUGCUGACCAGACUGGAGUAUUUGAGUACUACACGAAUCUCGAAGACCCUGGACCCCAUCGCCACACACUGCGCCAAGUUCUCAAUCAGCGACCUAUUACCUGGGCUGCGGAUGCUUCCAGCACGAUCAGCAUUAUAGGCGAUUACCACUGGUCCAACAUGACGGUGCAGUGUGAUGUUUACAUAGAGACCCCUGAGAGAGGAGGGGUAUUCAUUGCCGGAAGAGUGACUAAAGGUGGCAUUCUGAUUAGAACUGCUACAGGGAUUUUCUUCUGGGUUUUCGCAAAUGGAUCUUACAGAGUUACAGCUGACCUGGGUGGGUGGAUCACAUAUGCUUCAGGAGAUGCUGACAUUACAGCAAAAAAAUGGUACACACUCACCUUAACCAUUAAGGAUUAUUUCGCCUCUGGCAUGUUGAACGGCAAGGUCCUGUGGGAAAACGUUCCUGUGAAAUACUCAAGGAAUGGCUGGGCUGCGAUAGGAACGCACACCUUCGAGUUUGCGCAGUUCGACAACUUUCACGUGGAAGCGGCUCGCUAGUACUCACAGGACAUCAAGACACUAUUUUGGAUUUUCUAUUUUUGACUUUGACUCAGGGCCAGUUUUGAUGGACCUAUAAUAUGAGCCUUUGAGGCUAACAAUUAUGAAGAGUAGAUAGGGAAAAUAGUACAUUUUUUGCCAGAUCCUGUGAAAGAUUGAAUUAGAACUAAUUCCAGAAGGAAUGCAGGUGUCUUUGGCAUUGCCUGUGCUAGCCCUUAAGACCCAUCGUUUGUUAGUCCCAUCCUUCAGGAGUGGUUUGGGUGGUUCCUGCCUGGCAGCCUUGGCACUAAUGCCAAGGUAGCUCUCUCCAUAUUGUUUGUAAAUGAUCAUGCAGAUGGCUGGGACCUGAGAACCACAGAGGUGCAUUUGUGAGCACUGACGUGUGUCUAAGUGAGUUGAGGCUUCCUUAGAAGAUGCUGAUGCUUAAGAGGAAGUAGAUGAACACUUCAACAGAUACUCCAACAGGCUGUUCUCUCUCUCUCUCUCUCUCUCUCUCUCUCUCUCUCUCUCUCUCUCUCACACACACACACACACACACACACACACUCCCUCUCCCUUCCUCCUUCUCUCUCUGCCUCCCUCCCCCCGUAAUGAUGCUUUUGGAAUUGUAUGAAAUGAUGGUGGGAUGCUUUGAAAAAUACCUCAUUAAUAAACUAACUCCAAAGCUAUUUUGCACUAUUAAAAAUAAUCAGGUUAACUUGGGUUGUUUGUAUUCUUUAUCUUACUUCUGACUUUUAACUCUUAUCACCCUUAUAACUAUCUUGAGAACAUUUCCCCCACAUAAGCCAAUGCUGUAGGUGGGUCGAGCAGCUUUCCUGUGCAUUUCUUAGGCUUUUGCCGUAUGUCCUCACAGCUGGAUCUGGAAAAUGAAUGCCUUCAUGUCUAUAUAUGUGGAAGGAGGGGUCACUUAGCCUUUUACCAGCUCAACUGAAUUGGGUCACCUCCUAAUGUUUCUAUGGCUAGAUGCACUUAUUAUAUUCCCAGUGUUUAUAUUUAAAUGUUGGUAAGCAUGUUUCUAAUUAGUACAUUAAACAUUAAUGUAACUUUUAGAAACAAAUCAGUUUUUCAUGUGGGUAAAGUGAAUUCUGGAAUUCUUUAUAAGAAAAAAUGACUGAAUUAUUUCUACUACAUGGGAAUUUGUAGCAGUUUAACACUGUUAGAACUACAAUGAGAUUUUGUCUUGCUUUUGAAAACUUGAAGCUAAUUACUGGUAUAAAUCAGAUUAAAGAAAAAUUAUAUUAAAACCAAGCCUAAGUGAUUUAUAGUAUAAAUUUUUAAAUAUUUUUGAAAACUAACAUGAAAUUUAUAUAUAAAAGAAUAUUCCCAUUUUAAGAGUGUAGUUUGGUGUUUUGAUAAAUGUAAAGAUUCCCUUGUAACUAGCACUCCAAUGAAGCUAUUGACUAUUUCCAUCACUCCAGGGGUUCCCUGUUACACCUGUACAAUUAGCUAUGAGAAUAGUUUCAGGCAACCAUUGAUAUUUCUGUUGCUAAAAAUUUGUUUUGAAAAGCGUGGUGCCAGUGACAUGAUGUGCUAUUCAUUCUUCUGAAUGGUUGUUUUCCAUCGGCCGAACGCUGUGAGGUUUGUCCAGGUUAUCUCUUGCCGAAGUGAUGCGCUCCUUUGUAUUUCUCAAGAGAACUCCACUGGACGACUGUACCACAGUUUCGUUUCUCCGUCUCCUAUUUUAGUGAGGUUAAAAAUAAAACUCAGGAUAGCAUUUACGCACAAA